AUGGUAGUUAAACUUUAUACGGCGGAACUAAGCCCGCCAGUUCGCGCCACUAUGAUGGCGUGCGCCAUAUUCAAUGUGCCAUACGAGAAUGUUGAAGUUAAUCUUAUGGAAAAGGAACAGAUGCAACCAGCGUUUUUAGAAAAAAACCCCCUACAAACGGUCCCUGUUCUCGAAGAUGGUGACUUCAUACUGCAUGAUAGUCAAGCUAUAUUAAUGUACCUGGCUGAUACGUAUGGAACUGACGACUCAUGGUACCCCAAAGACACCAAACAAAGGGCAUUGGUGAAUCAGAAACUAUUCUUCAAUACCGCUGUUUUGUUUCCUAAAUUAAAAAAUAUAACGUAUGCUUUAGUGACAGAAAGAAAACAAACACAGUCGAAAAAAUGGCUGGACAAUAUUGAAGAAGGCUAUGGUUUCGUGGAAAUAUUUCUUAGCAAAACAGCUUAUAUUGCCACAGAUAACAUCACGAUAGCAGACCUGUCAACGUAUAGUAAUAUGUCAUGUUUAGCUUACGUUGUUCCAGUGUACGAAAAUAAGUACCCAAAAACGGUUCAAUGGUGCACAGAUAUGGAAAAUCAGCCUUUCUGCAAAGAGCAUAACAAUCCUGCAGCAGCUAUGUUUGGGAACUUACUGAAGGAAUGUCGAACUCGAACUCACUAGUAUAACUAUAGGUAUACAUACAAAGCCUAUUAAAU